AUGCCAUAUGGUACUUUUACCCUCUCUAAUCUUGGAAUGUUUGGUGUGGAUCGCCUUGAUGCAAUUUUACCGCCUGGAACUGGUGCAAUCAUGGCAGUUGGAGUAUCUCAGCCCACUAUAGUUUGUACAAAGGAUGGUCGGUUUGGCUUAAAAAACCAGAUGCAGGUAAAUGUUACAGCAGACCAUCGUGUCAUAUAUGGUGCUGAUCUGGCUUCAUUCUUGCAAACCCUAGCUCUGAUAAUUGAGGACCCUAAAGAUCUUACCCUCUAG